AUGGACACCUCGGAGCCCAGCAGUGCGACGGAGGAGGAGGAGGAGAAGGUGACGGCCGAGCAGCGCCCCAGGACCCGCUCCAACCCCGAGGGCGCCGAAGACCGCACCCUGAGCGCCCAGGCGAGCGUGGGCAGCCGCAGCGAGGGGGAAGGGGAGGCGGCCAGCACGGGGGACAGCCCCCAGAGCGCCACGGCCACCAAUGGGAAAGGCUGGCCUCCCACAGUCCCGCCCACAGAAUUCCAGGUCAGGACGCCACGGGUCAACUGCCCUGAAAAAGUGGUGAGUAGCUUAUUCUGUCCUCGACUUUUUCACGCCAGCCCCAACUUGGUCCCCUGAGCUCAUCCUAGAAGAGGCGGUUUUAGAGAUUUGUUGGGCAGUUUGGGAUAGCUCAGUUGGUAGAGCAUGAGACUCUUGAUCUCAGGGUGGUGGGUUUGAGCCCCGCGUUGGGCAUUGCACGGGGUUGGGAUGGAUGACCCUCGGGGUCCCUUCCAACUCUACAAUUCUAUUGUUCUACGGAUAUUCUUGAUAUUCUCUCUCUCUCUCAGAUCAUCUGCCUUGACCUCUCGGAGGAAAUGUCCCACUCGAAACUGGAGUCGUUCAACGGGUGAGUGGCCUUGUCCCUUCUGGUCGGCCGACAUUUUUCUGUUGCGGAACUACAAUGUUUUAUUCUGUUUUUUAUCUGUUGGGAGUUGCCCAAAGUGGCUGGGGAAACCCAGCCGGAUGGGCGGGAUAUAAAUAAGAAAUUAUUAUUAAUAUUAUUUUCUGUUUCACGUUGUGAUGGAAGUUCUUUUUUAAAAAAGUUUUUUUUAAUUUGCAAUUUCAACAUGUCAAAAUAUCAAAACAUCUCAUAUUCCCCCCUUUCCCCCCCACCUCCCCAUCAAGCCCCCCCAAGACUUCCCUUAGCUCCUCUCUCUGCUUUUUCAACACAUAUUAUUCUCUGCAUACUAUAAAAUUGUAUAAAUCCUUAUAUUAUCUAUCUGCUAUGUUAGCAAUCAAUAAAUCUCUGUGUGUACAUUCAGAAGCUGCCAAGGAGUCCAAUUCAUUUUGUUGUCUUUUUAAAGUAAUUUGUAAAGAGUUCCCAUUCUUCUUUGAAGUCACAGUUGUCCUUAUCUCGCAAUUUAUAUGUGGGCAUAUUCUCUCUCUCUGGAAGGUCAAAAACCAAUGCUCUGAACAUCUCCCAGAAGAUGAUAGAAAUGUUUGUCCGGACCAAGCACAAAAUCGACAAGAGCCACGAGUUUGCGCUGGUGGUGGUCAACAACGACGUCACCUGGGUACGUUUCUGUCUCUUUUCUCUGACCACCCAUUUGACUGCAGGCUGCUCAGGGGUUGCGGUUUUUAUUGUCCCCCCCAACUGUGGCAGCUUCUGACCUGCCUCGUCACAUUUCGCACAACAGUUGUGUUUCUUUGCCCAAGCCCUUUAGCCCUGGAAUUGGAGGAGAUGCUAGAAUCGUAGAAUUGUAGAGCUGGAGGAGACCCCUAAGGGCAUAGCUGUCAACCAUCCCUUAUUUGGCGGGAAAGUCCCUUAUCCCAGCGCCGUGUCCCGCUGCUGUCCCUUAUUGAUGAUGUCCCUUAAAUUUCCCAGGUUUCAAAGGAAGCAGCUCCUCUCCCUCCCUCCCUGCCGGCCAGGGAGGAGGGAGGCUCCAACUGUGUUGUUUGGCUGCGCUGCUCACCCAAUAAGGAGUCUAAGAACGACUGGAGGGUGGAGCUUGCAUGCCUUGUGCCGAUCAAAUCGGCCGCAUUGCCUGGGGACUCGCCUUUGCUCAGCGCUUCCCAGCAGAGAGGUGACGGUGGUUUUCCUUGCUGCAUCCCCUUUGCUGGGUUGCUGCGCUGUGGGAACCACCGCUUGAGGCUUCGUUUGGCUGCUGGCUGGGCUUUCUGCCUUUGGCUCGGAGGGGCUCAGAAGUUGAACAUACCUGUUCUCUGAAAAUCCCUUAUUUUGGCUGCUGAUUCCUUAUUUUCAAGGCUGCUGGUCCCUUAUUUUCAAUUCUGUAAGUUGACAGCUAUGCCUAAGGGUCAUCAAGUCCAACCCACGGCAAGACAGGAAUCUUUUGCCUGACGUGGGGCUACAUUAUAGGCAAUUAUAUGAGAUGUCUAAAGAAGACAACAAGAAAGGAUUUAGUUACACCAUUUCUGGAUUUCAAAAGGAAGUCAUCGAAGGGAAAGCGAAGUUGCUGAAGGGUGCAGGUAGUAUUCUGCUAGAAUGGGAAACAAAAGAUGAGGAGGUGAAAUCGGUCAUGAUCAAAUGGGCACAAGAUAUAGGACAUAACACGCAAUUCGAAGAUUGGGAAAAACUGUGAAAAACAGACUUAAAAUUUACAGAUUGUUCUCUUCUGAAAGAAAAUUACAUGAAAAUGAUGUGUAGAUGGUAUAUAACACCAGUACAGAUAGCAGAAAUGUAUAAAACUGGGUCAAACAUAUGUUGGAAAUGUAAAGAAAAGGAAGGGACCUUUUACCAUAUGUGGUGGGAAUGCAGAGAAAUUAAAAAAAAAAUGGUAAAUGAUAUACAAUGAGUUGAAGAAAAUGUUUAAAAUGACAUUUGUAAAAAGAGCUAUCUCAUGUUUUCUGCUCCAUCCCUUCGGACAGGUUGGAUGCCCUUUCCCACCUUCUCAACCUCCUUUUUUUUUUUUUGCGGGGAGGUAAAUAACCUUCCUGCUUGUAGCUUUUCCUUUGUCUUGCGAUGCUCAAGGAGUUCAGGGAUACUUUUAAAAAACAAUUUUAUAAGUUGUGCGCCCUUCUUUCUCAAUUUGAUCCUUUUACAUGAUUGCGUGUUUUUGGUGGUAUUUUGUGCAUUGUGGGUCCUGCCAUUAUUUUUAUUGAUUACAGUUUAGUAAUCCUUUAUUGUAAUUGCAAGGUGUAAACUGCUUAAUUAUUACCGUAUUUUUCGCUCUAUAAGACGCACCAGACUAUAAGAUGCACCUAGUUUUUGGAGGAGGAAAACAAGAAAAAAUAAUAUUUUGAAUCUCAGAAGCCAGAACAGCAAGAGGGAUCGCUGAGCAGUGAAAGCAGCAAUCCCUCUUGCUGUUCUGGCUUCUGGGACAGCUGUGCAGCCUGUUUUCGCUCCAUAAGACGCACACACUUUCCCCCUUACUUUUUGGGAGGGAAAAGGUGAGCCUUAUAGAGCAAAAAAUACGGUAACUGCUGAUUUUUAAUUUUACUGUUGGCUGGUGUAUUCUAAUGGAUAGCUGAAUAUUGCUUUAUUUGAUAUAAGCCGUUUAGUUUAAAGUUAAGUUUUUAUUGCGACUUUUUGUAGUGGAUCAGGCUUGCAAACUGCCUUGUGUACAGUAACAUAGAAAGGCGGAACACAAAUCAAAAGUGAAAUUAAAUGAAGAGGGAUAAUCACCUGCUUUCUGGUUCUCUUCCCCUACCCUGCCAGCUCUCUGGAUUCACCUCUGAUCCUAGAGAAGUUUGCAGCUGUUUGUAUGACCUGGAGACAGUGGUGUGCAAGUCCUUCAGUAUCCUUCUCACCGUGUGCCGGCGGAAUUGCGGCAGGCUGGGCUAGAUGACCUUUGGGGGGUCCCUAAUUUAGGGGAUUUAGGAAUCUGGACUGGGAGGGGCUGGAUACCAGCUGGGACAACAGCACACUGCGGAGAAUUAUCCACCUUAACGUUUGUCCCUCCUUGAAGAUCUCGAACGUCUUUUCAGCCUCAUGUAAGUUUCUCCUGGCGGGACGGGCUUUCGGUUGUUCCUGGGAUGUUUCAGACCCAGGGCUUCAGACAAGAAACCCUUUCCCUGGGGAUGCCAGCGGGGACUAGACCCCUGGGACCUUCUGCACUACCGCACUGUGACCCACCCCUUAAAAAUAAGGCGGUAGUCCUCAUGUUCCUGCGUGAACUGCUGAGUCGAGCAGGAAGGAUCCUGGUUGCCUUACGAACAGGGGAAGUGGGAUUUUCCCGUUGUUCCCUCUAGCUCAGGGGGCGGGCGUAGGGCUAAGGGAGCCUGCAGGAAACCUGCUAUCAGGCCAGGUCCCCGGACCCAAAUUUCCCUCCUUCUCCCUCAUCUACGCAGACAGCAGAAGACAGAACUGCCCGUGACGGAGAAUGUGCAGAGCAUCCCACCGCCGUACGUGGUCAGAACCAUCCUGGUUUAUAGCCGGCCAGCUUGCCACCCCCCUGUCACAAUCACGGAACAGAUGAAGGUGCCAGUUCCCUUUUUCUUUCUUUUUUAAUAAAUUUUUAUUUUAGUUUUUGUUGUUGUUUAGUCGUGUUAGCCUCUUCAUGACCCCCUGGACCAGAGCACGCCAGGCACUCCUGUCUUCCACUACCUCCCGUAGUUUGGUCAAACUCAUGUUGGUCUCUUCGAGAACACUUUCCAACCAUCUCAUCCUCCGUCGUCCCCUUCUCCUUGUGCCCUCCAUCUUUCCCAACAUCAGGGUCUUUUCCAGGGAGUCUUCUCUUCUCAUGAGGUGGCCAAAGUACUGGAGCCUCAGCUUCAGGAUCUGUCCCUCCAGUGAGCACUCAGGGCUGAUUUCCUUCAGAAUGGAGAGGUUUGAUCUUCUUGCAGUCCAUGGGACUCUCAAGAGUCUCCUCCAGCACCAGAAUUCAAAAGCUCUCACCUGUGGCUCCUAGAAGCUGCCAGCAGGCGGCAGUGGCCACAUCCCAGGAUUGGCUUUGACUGGCUGACUGAUCCAGGUGAGGGGAGCCGAUGGGCCUCGGACCCUCAGUGAGUUAGGGGCUUCCCCUGCAUGCGAAGACCCGCUCUGGUGGAUGGAGUGGAUGAGACCAAGUGGGCCCAGUGGUCAAGAAGGCAGUUUCUGCCCAUGCCAUAAAUAAUAAUAAUAAUAAUAAUAAUAAUAAAUUUUUAUUUAUACCCCGCCCUUCCCGGUUCAAAAACCGGGCUCAGGGCGGCUAACAACAAAUUUAAAACACUUAAUUGAUGCAACGAAAAACAGCAUAAAAUACGGUAUAAAACGUGAAUAACGGUAAAUUCAGAAUUCAAAAAUCAAUUUGGGGCAAAAUCCAUCCAAUAAACAUUAGAUGAUCACCAGGGCUAGCUGGCUAAAUUAGUCCUAUUUGGUCCAGCAAGGAGACCAGGAGAGAAUUAGCUGUGGGGUCUCAGAGUGGGUGAUCUUCAUAUAAGGAGAGGGAAGAGAAGGGAAAUAAAAGAUCAGGCUGAAUUCAAAUUAAAGGCCAGGCAGAAUAGCUCUGUCUUACAGGUCCUGCGGAAGGAGGUUAAAUCCUGCAGGGCCCUGGUCUCAUGGGACAGAGCAUUCCACCAGGUCGGAGCCAUCACUGAGAAGGCCUUGGCCCUGGUGGAGGAUAGUCUGACUUCCUUAGGGCCUGGGACUUCUAAACUAUGGUUGUUCAUGGACCUUAAGGUUAUCUGCAGGGCAGACCAGGAGAGGCGGAAGUGAGGGGCAGGUGGGGCUCAACCACCUGGGAAGGGAGCCCAUCUAGGAGAAGGAAAACUCUGGCCCUAAUCCUCCGCUGCCUCGUGUGACAUCUUCGGGAGAAGGAAAGGCUCAGGAGUAGACCCUUCGCAAAUCUGGAGUGGAGUCCCUAAGGCGGUUGGACGGUACCUUGUACGCCUGUUUUUGGCAACUCCCGCAGCCCAGCUGGUGCCAAACGUCUUUGGACCCCAUCAUCGAGGUCAAGAGGGGGUGGUGGUCCUGUCGCCCGGGCAGCCCAGGACCUCCAGACACAUUGCCCAGGCUUGCUCCCCAGGGAGGUCACUUGGGUACUGUUAGUGCGGCAGUUUGGCUUCACCCUCCGAGGUGCACUCCAUUGCAUCUUGAGACAGAUGGAUGUUGCUGUUGUUUAGUCAUUCAGUCGUGUCCGACUCUUCCUGACCCCCUGGACCAGAGCACGCCAGGCCCUCCUGUCUUCCACUGCCUCCCGCAGUUUGGUCAAACUCAUGCUGGUAGCUUCGAGAACACUGUCCCACCAUCUCGUCCUCUGCCGUCCCCUUCUCCUUGUGCCCUCCAUCUUUCCCAACAUCAGGGUCUUUUCCAGUGAGUUUUCUCAUGAGGUGGCCAAAGUCUUGGAGCCUCAGCUUCAGAAUCUGUCCUUCCAGUGAGCACUCAGGGCUGAUUUCCUUAAGAAAGAGAUAGAUGGAUGCCAACUAGUAAAUUUCGCUGGCAUCUAUAUCAUGCGUCAUUCGUGACCGUACUGCUUUUGUCUUUUCCGCACAGAAAAUGCUCCAGUGCCCUUACUACUACUUUGACGUGCUCUACAUCCACAACGGCUUCGAGGACAAAGAGGAGGAAACCAGCUGGAAGGUAAACAGAAUUACUGGGCCAGGAAGUGGGAUGGGACCCUGAUGUCCCCUAGAUGUUGCCAGUCAUCCCUCAGCUGCCAGCUUGGCUAAGUUCAGGAGCAGAUUGCUGGCAAGAUCUCACUCCACUGCUGAGAGAGAUGCGCUGAUUGUGGCUGCCAGACUAGUGACUGGGAGCAGCCGCCGAGAACAUAUAACACUGGUCCUAAAGGAUCUUCACUGGUUGCCAGUACUUUUCCGAGCCCCAUUCCAAGUGUUGGUGCAGACCUUUAAAGCCCUAAAUGCCCUCAGCCCUGUAGGCCUGAAGGAUCGUCUCCACCUCCAUCGUUCAGCCCAGACACUGAGGUCCAGCUCCAAGGGUCUUCUGGGGACUCCCUCCCAGCAAGAAAAGAAGUUACAGGGAACUGGGCAGAGGGCCUUCUCAGUGGUGGCACCCUCCCUGCACAACACCCUCCCAGCAGAUGUCAAGGAGAUAAAAAACUUUAUGACUUUUAGAAGACAUCUGAAGGCAGCCCCGCAUAGGGAAGUUUGUAAUGUUUGAUGUUUAAUAAUAAUAAUUUAUUAUUUAUACUCCGCCCAUCUGGCUGAGUUUCCCCAGCCACUCUGGGCGGCUUCCAAUCGAGUGUUAAAAACAAUACAGCGUUAAAUAUUAAAAACUUCCCUAAACAGGGCUGCCUUCAGAUGUCUUUUAAAGAUAGGAUAGCUUCUUAUUUCCUUCACAUCUGAAGGGAGGGCAUUCCACAGGGUGGGCGCCACUACCAAGAAGGCCCUCUGUUUGGUUCUGAUAUAUAUAUAUUCUGAGAUAUGCUGUGAGCAGCCCAGACUGUUCAUCAUCAUCAUGGUGAAAACCUUGGAAUAUGCAGAGACGGCAAAAUUGACAGCGCUGAUGAAAGAUACAAAUUUCGAAUCUUUCACAGAUGACUAGAAACCCUUUCUAGCCUAUAUAUAAAAAGUUUUCCCCUGUGCGAAGACCGCAGUGGGGUUUGAAGUGUCAGAAAAUAGUAGAAAAUAUUUUUACAAAACAUGUUAGAGAGGAUGAAAUUAGAUAAGACAGAAUUGUAAAACAUAAUAAUAAUAAUGAUGAUGAUGUUAUUUGUACCCCUGCUCACUUGCCCCAGUCACUCUGGGCAGCUUCCAGCAUAUACAAAAAAAUAAUGAAACAUUAAAAACUUCCCUAUACAGGGCUGCCUUCAGGUGGCUUCUGCUGCAGAGUUACUUAUCCUUGACAUGCAAUUUGGGUUAUAAACAUCGAUGUUGGGUGAGCAGGAAGUUGCUAGUUCUGUUGAAUUGGAAUACAGUGGUACCUUGGGUUAAGUACUUAAUUCGUUCCGGAGGUCCGUUCUUAACCUGAAACUGUUCUUAACCUGAAGCACCACUUUAGCUAAUGGGGCCUCCUGCUGCUGCCGUGCCGCCGGAGCACGAUUUCUCUUCUCAUCCUGAAGCAAAGUUCUUAACCCGAGGUACUAUUUCUGGGUUAGCAGAGUCUGUAACCUGAAGCGUCUGUAACCCGAGGUACUACUGUACAGUCAUACCUUGCAUUACAGCCGUUUCAGGUUGCGUUUUUUCGGGUUGCGGACCGCCGAAACCCGGAAUUACCGGAACAAGUUACUUCCAGGUUUUGGCAGUCGUGCAUGCACAGAAGUGCUAAAUCGCGCUUUGCGCAUGCGCAGAAUCUCCAAAUCGCAACCCGUGUUUGCGCAGACACGGGUUGCGAACGUACAUUCCGCACAGAUCACGUUUGCAACCCGAGCGUCCACUGUAACAAAUGUAGCUUUCUAUAUGGAAAAAAGAAUAUUAUUAUGUUAAGUUAUAUGUAUAGCUUCCCAGUGGCUGAGGCAACCUAGUCUUGUGGGCGGGGUACAAAUAUUAAAAUUAUUGCCAUCACUAUACCUUUGCGGUUCCUCUCUCCUCUCCAGGAGACCUUUGCUUUCUUCAGCAAUCUGGACAGCAAAGGCACCAACUACAAGUACGAAGUGUCGCUGACCGGGCCGGCGGUGGAGCUGCACAACUGCAUGGCCAAACUCCUUGCCCACCCGCUGCAGAGACCCUUCCAGACCCACGCCUCCUACAGGAUGCUGGAGGAAGAGGAGGCGGUGGAGAUUGAGGCCGUCGUGUGACUUGGGGGGGAGACGCGGACCUGAAGGACACACACACACACACACACACACACACUUUGCAAAACAUCUGGCAGGCCAGCAAACAUAUCUCUGCAGCCCACCUUCCUCGUGCCCUUAGCAUUGUUAGGGAUUUAACUCUCUGGGUGUUUCUUCGGUACAUGCAAGCUGUCUGUCAGUUUCUCCCCCCCCUUCAAAGCAGUUGCCAGAUAUUGCUGGGGGGGCUGGGGGAACGACUUAGGGGUGUAAGAAGUUGGCUACCCUCCUUUUUCGUGGUCCGUAGUGAAGUGGAAGGGAGAAACAGAUGUUGAAUGUCAACUGAUUAAAAAGGCCUUUCCAAUGGUUAAAGCGGCCCGUCUCUGGAGAUUUAUUUGCGUUCUGGGAAUUGCGUUCUUUUUGAAUAAAUUUUAUUAGAUUUUAUAAGGAGAGAUACAUGCCUCUUCUGGUCCGGGGUGACCAGCAGGAAGGAGAGCUUGUUGCUUCAGGAAGCGGGGACACCUUUGCCUCUUCACGACUCUGCCUCCUGGCCUCCCGCCUCUCCUGCUUCAGCUUCUACCUCUGAUUCUGGACUGCUGUCUGCCACACACUCUCCCCGCUCACUAACUCCUGUUAUCCCUUCCAUUUCCGACACCACCUCUUCCCAGUCUUCUCCAUCGUCUCUUUCUUCCCACUCAUCAUCAGCAUCCCACCACCCUGAGCCUUCUUCCUUUCAGGGUUCCCCAGCUGGUUCCUGUAUGUCCAACCAGUCCCUGACAUCUGGCUUAAUGGUUCCUAUUAACCUGGAGACUGAACAUUUACAUGGAGGUUUUCCCCCAAGCAAUCGGAGACUAUGCCUGCAUGCAGCCAAAUUCUCCUCUGCCCUUUUCAGCCCUCUUCUGAUUCUGGGAGAUCAGCAGGGAUGCGAGCUUAUCGCGGCAGGAGAGGAAGACACCCGUCUGACCCAUCUCUGUCUCUUGCCCCCGCUCCCCUACCUCCCUGGGCUCUGAGCCUUCUUCCCUCCAGCUAGUUCCUCCCGUCGUUCCUCUGCGUCCAACCUGCCUGUGACACGGCUCCAGAUCGAGAGGCCUGGAGGGUUACAUUUGUCCCUUGAAGCUGAGAUUCCUCACCCCUGAUCUAGUGAGACAGGGAAAUAUACCGAUUCCAACCAACACAGCAGUCUUCAGUCCAUUCAUUGCCACGCAUUUACUCUGAGCAGAACUGAGUUGCGUGCCACCCCUGGUGGUUGUUUUUCCAAUCGCCACCCGCCAGUCUGAGGCUGAAGCAGAGGGAGAGGAACUUGCCUCCUGCUGCUCCCAGCUCAACUCCUCCCUCUCGCUGAGGACAGGAAACAUGUCCAGGCUGUUUGGAGUUUUGAAACAGGAAAGGACGGCUGCCUGCCAUUCCGGCUGGACCUGCAAAGAGCAGACUGUUUCUCUCUUGCCACCCUCCAGUUUAGCCAGAGGUCAGGAGAAGCUGGAAUGGACAAGGUGAGUGCAGAAAGUUUUGUUUUAUAUCUGAAGGAGCGUCUCCACCCCCAUCGUUCUUCCUGGACACUGAGGUCCAGUGCCGACGGCCUUCUGGCAGUUCCCUCCCUGCGAAAAGCCAAGUUACAGGGAACCAGGCAGAGGGCCUUCUCGGUGGUGGCACCCGCCCUGUGGAACACCCUCUCAUCAGAUGUCAAAGAGAAGAACAACUACCAGACUUUUAGAAGACAUCUGAAGGCAGCCCUGUUUAGGGAAGCUUUUAAUGUUUGAUGUAUUACGGUAUUUUAAUAUUUUGUUGGAGGCCGCCCAGAGUGGCUGGGGAAGCCCAGCCAGAUGGGCAGGGUAUAAAUAAAUGAUGAUGAUGAUGAUGAUGACAGUGGUACCUCGGGUUACAUACGCUUCAGGUUACAGACUCCGCUAACCCAGAAAUAAUACCUCGGGUUAAGAACUUUGCUUCAGGAUGAGAACAGAAAUUGUGCUCCGGAGGCAGCGGGAGGCCGCAUUAGCUAAGGUGGUGCUUCAGGUUAAGAACAGUUUCAGGUUAAGAAUGAACCUCCGGAACGAAUUAAGUUCUUAACCCGAGGUACCACUGUAUUAUUAAUUGUUUUUUUGGGGGGGGGGUUGGGGGUCCUGAGUCUUCUCAGCCCCUUCCUCCUGCCACUACCACUCUCCGGAACUUCCUCCGUCGCUUCCCUUCCUGUCCAAGCAAGGAAUAGUGCAGGAAGAAUCCCAACUACUUGGGAGUACACCCGCCGAAACAAACAGGGGCUUUAGGGUUUUUUUUUUGCCAUGUCCGCUCAUUGCAACGGUCUGUCUCAGACCCUCCAUUGGUCCUUAUUUUCCAGGGAUAAUCCUGCAUUUACAGAAGCCGUCCUGGUUUCUGAGUUGGUCCCAGAAUGUCCUGCUUUUCCUUAGGACGUCCCUAUUUUCAUCAGAGAAAUAUUGGAGGGGAUGGAGUUAUGCGAUUGCCGAGCCAAGGAGAUAAGUCAUAGAAUCAUAGAAUCCUAGAGUUGGAAGAGACCACAAGGGCCAUCGAGUCCAACCCCCUGCCAAGCAGGAAACACCAUCAGAGCACUCCUGACAUAUGGUUGUCAAGCCUCUGCUUAAAGACCUCCAAAGAAGGAGACUCCACCACACUCCUUGGCAGCAAAUUCCACUGUCAAACAGCUCUUACUGUCAGGAAGUUCUUCCUAAUGUUUAGGUGGAAUCUUCUUUCUUGUAGUUUGGAUCCAUUGCUCCGUGUCCGCUUCUCUGGAGCAGCAGAAAACAACCUUUCUCCCUCCUCUAUGUGACAUCCUUUUAUAUAUUUGAACAUGGCUAUCAUAUCACCCCUUAACCUUCUCUUCUCCAGGCUAAACAUGCCCAGCUCCCUUAGCCGUUCCUCAUAAGGCAUCGUUUCCAGGCCUUUGACCAUUUUGGUUGCCCUCCUCUGGACACGUUCCAGUUGGUCAGUGUCCUCCUUGAACUGUGGUGCCCAGAACUGGACACAGUACUCCAGGUGAGGUCUGACCAGAGCAGAAUACAGUGGCACUAUUACUUCCCUUGAUCUAGAUGCUAUACUCCUAUUGAUGCAGCCCAGCAUUGCAUUGGCUUUUUUAGCUGCCGCGUCACACUGUUGGCUCAUGUCAAGUUUGUGGUCAACCAAGACUCCUAGAUCCUUUUCACAUGUACUGCUCUCAAGCCAGGUGUCACCCAUCUUGUAUUUGUGCCUCUCAUAUUUUUUGCCCAAGUGCAAUACUUUACAUUUCUCCCUGUUAAAAUUCAUCUUGUUUGUUUUGGUCCAGUUCUCUAAUCUGUCAAGGUCGUUUUGAAGUGUCAUCCUGUCCUCUGGGGUGUUAGCCACCCCUCCCAGUUUGGUGUCAUCUGCAAAUUUGAUCAGGAUGCCCUUGAGUCCAUCAUCCAAGUCGUUGAUACAGAUGUUGAAUAAGACCGGGCCCAAGACAGAACCCUGUGGCACCCCACUAGUCACUCUUCUCCAGGAUGAAGAGGAACCAUUGAUGAGCACCCUUUGGGUUCGGUCAGUCAGCCAGUUACAAAUCCACUGAGUGGUAGCAUAGUCAAGACCGCAUUUUACCAGCUUCUUUACAAGAAUAUCAUGGGGCACCUUGUCAAAUGCCUUGCUGAAAUCAAGGUAGGCUACAUCCACUGCGUUCCCUUCAUCUACCAGGCUUGUAAUUCUGUCAAAAAACGAGAUCAGGUUAGUCUGACAUGACUUAGUUUUCAGAAAUCCAUGCUGACUAUUGGUGAUCACAGCAUUCCUUUCUAGGUGCUCACAGACUGUUUGUUUAAUGAUCUGCUCCAGAAUCUUCCCUGGUAUUGAUGUCAGACUGACUGGGCGGUAAUUAUUUGGGUCCUCUCUUUUCCCCUUUUUGAAAAUAGGGACAACAUUUGCCCUCCUCCAGUCUGCCGGGACUUCGCCUGUUCUCCAGGAAUUCUCAAAGAUGACUGCCAGUGGUUCUGAGAUCACAUCUGCUAGUUCUUUUAAUACUCUUGGAUGCAGUUCAUCUGGCCCUGAAGACUUGAAUACAUCUAAACUAGCCAAGUAUUCUUGUACUAUCUCCUUAGUUAUUCUGGGCUGUGUUUCCUUUGCUGAAUCAUUUGCUCCAAAUUCUUCAGGUCGGGCAUUGUUUUCUUUAUCGGAGAAGACUGAGGCAAAGAAGGCAUUGAGGAGUUCAGCCCUUUCUGUGUCCCCUGUUUGCAUUUCACCAUCUUCUCCUCUGAGUGACCCCACUGUUUCUUUGUUCUUCCUUUUGCUACAGAAUAUACCCAUAAAAGCCUUUUUGUUGCUUUUAACCUCUCUAGCAAGCCUGAGUUCAUUCUGUGCUUUAGCUUUUCUGACUUUGUGUCUACACGUGCUGGCUAUUUGUUUGAAUUCCUCUUUGGUGGUUUCCCCCCUUUUCCAUUUUUUGUACACAUCCUUUUUUAAUCUUAACUCAGUUAAAAGUUCUUUAGAUAGCCACCCUGGCUUCUUUAGGCACCUUCCAUGUUUCCGUCUGAUGUAGUCACUAGACAACCUUUAGAAGACAUCUGAUGGCAGCCCUGAAUAGGGAAGUUUUUCAACGUUUCAUAUUUUGUUUUUUAUACACACACACACACACACACACACACACACACACACACACACACAUAUACACACAUACAUGGAGCUGCCCAGAGCGGCUGGGGAAACCCAGAGGGGCAGGGUUUAAAUAAGAAAUUUAUUAUUAUUAUUAUUAUUAUUAUUGAAUAGGAUGUCCCUAUUUUCAUUGGAGAAAUGUAGGAGCAUCUGUCCUUGCCGGACCCCACCUGCUCAGGCAACUGACGACAAUCCAUUCCCUUUUCUUUCUUUUGAAUGCACUUAAAUAAGAAGCGUUUCAAGGCAGGAAGCCCUGGCCAGCAGGAUGCAAGGCUCCCUUUCCUGUUUUCCACAGAAACAAUGGACUUACUUGUCCCUACUAAAUCUCUCUCGUGCAUGAAAGCUCCUUAGCUCACCACAAAAGAUCUCUGAUACCGACUAAGGUCUGCAAUUGACCUGACGCCGGCUUGCGAAGGGUCAGUCCGUUGUGCUGCUCUUCCCGUUCCAGACCACAAACUCACUGCUGCCCCAUAAAAAGCAUUAUUCAGAAUAGCGGUUUGCACUACACACCGAGGGAGGUAACUGCAUGACAAAAUGUGACACCGUAACCAUGAAUUGCACACGGGUUUAAAAUCCAGUUAAAACCAUGUGGCUUCAUUCAUUUGACAAAGCGGACAGACUUGAUCCAGGGAAACCAGCUUUCGAUACGAUACAAUACGAUAAUCGUUAUUGUCAUUGUCCCAUCCAGAACAAUGACAUUGAAAAAUUCUACAUCAGACAUUCAAAAACCAACAAGCCUGCUAUUCCAGCUAUCCCAACCUGGUUAGCCCCCUAAAAACUCUUGAUACCCCAUAAUUAAAUACAAUAUACUCCCAUAGAGACUACCUUAAAAAAAAGUAAAGGGACCCCUGACCGUUAGGUCCAGUAGUGGCCGACUGGGGGGUUGCGGCGCUCAUCUCGCUUUACUGGCCAAGGGAGCCGGCGUACAGCUUCCGGGUCAUGUGGCCAGCAUGACUAAGCCGCUUCUGGCGAACCAGAGCAGCACAUGGAAACGCCGUUUACCUUCCCGCUGGAUCGGUACCUAGUUAUCUACUUGCACUUUGACGUGCUUUUGAACCUGCUGGCUGGACAAACAUUCCUCUCCAGGUAUAAACAUGUUCACUCUAGGAAUGUUGUACUUGACUGCUCUUGUGUUUCACACCCCACAUCUUUGAUCGUCCUUGAAUCUUCCUUCCAAAUUUGCUAUCCUCUCCUGCCACACCGGGGUGGCGCACUGCAGCCUUUGAGAACCACUCUAACCAGUGCACCACGCUGCCUUGUCAGGUCUCUUCUUAAGCUCUUGUAAUAAUAGACUUACAAGGGCAGGAUCUCCCCCAUUAUAUGCACGGGCCUUUCUGGAUAAGCGUGGGCUGCACCUGUUGAAUUGCAGCCCGUCACUGCCCCCAUCCUGCAACAGCGCUGACAAUAUCCUUUCUGAUUUUGCUCACGUCCCUGCCUUCUGGGAGCCAGGGGGACGAGGACCCUGCAGGCGAGAGGUUUGGGGGUGAUGCGCCCGACGAAGGAGCAAUCCUCCGCUACGAAGAGCAUAUCACAGGGCUGUUGGUCACCAUUGCCCAUCUCCACGGCCGAAUUGAGAGCCUGCAGCGGAGCAAGGCCAGGUAAGUUCUCCGGAAAAACAAUCUCUCAAAGGACCUGUUGAUGGCAUUUUACCAUUGUACUGCUGAGAGUGUAUUAACUUAUGGUCUGUGUGUGUGGUUUGGGAGCUGCACGGUCAGGGGAAAAACAAUGCUGUCCAGGGUUGUAAACACUGCGGAGAGAAUAAUUGGGUGCACUCUUCUCACCUUGGAUCAAAUCUACGCUUCCAGGUGCCAUAAGAAAGCAGCAGAGAUAGCGCAGGACAGUGUGCACCCCGGAAAUGAUCUCUUUCAGCUUCUGCCUUCUGGAAGAAGGUACAGGGUUAUAGAGACUAGGACUAGCUGCCUGAGAAACAGUUUCUAUCCAAAUGUGAUUUUGGUUUUAAACGCAGUGUAAGGAGUCUCUAUGGGAGUAUAUUGUAUUUAAAAAUGAGGUAUCAGAGUUUUUAGGGGGCUAAGCAGGUUGGCAUAGCUGGGAUAGCAGGCUUGUUGGGUUUUGAAUGUUUUAUGUAGAUUUUUCAAUUUCCUUGUUCUGUAUGGGACAAUGACAAUAAAGAUUAUCGUAUUAUCGUAAAUCGGGGUACAGGGGGGCAAUAAUUCUCUCUGGCACAAAAGCCUCCUGCCUUAAAAGGAUUCUGCACUCCAGGCACUCCAGAGGCAGCAAUGCUUCUGAAUAUCAGUUGUUGGGAAUCUGUGGAACUCCUUGCCCCAUGAGGCAGUGAUGGCCACUAACCUAGAAUCACAGAACUGUAAAGUUGGAAGGGACCCCACGCAUCAUCUAGUCCAUGAAAUGAUGACAUUAGAUCAUUUCUAGAAUAGGAGGGGGGUUGUAAGAGCACGAACAGAGGGGUUUUAUUUAUUUUUUUGGUUGGAUCUGGGUUGAAACGUCUUUCUUUGCAGGGAGGACGACGACCUGUGUUCUGACCUGUGCUCUGAAUACACGGCAAGUCUCCCGCGAUGCUCUCUGCCGUUCCCAAAUCCAGCAGCGGCCCUGCCUCCUCCGGCAGCCCAUCCUGAAAGAGGUAAGGCUUUGCUGAGUCUGUGGAGGCUGGUGGUCUUUCCUCCAAAGACCAAAGCAGGUUCCUUGUCCUCCUCGUUCUUGAAUGAAAAGCUGAACUCACCCUGGGGUUUCAGGCAGGGAGCCUUUCCCCAGCCUAGAGAUGGUAGGAGAUUGCAGUCAAACGUAAUUGUGCUCGAGCGCUAGUUAGUGCAUGAAGCGGUUAAGACCAGAGAGGUCUGUUGCUAGACGCAGCUUGGUCACACCCCCUUACUUCCAGGAGGGAGGAAGUGAAGCUUCAACUUUUUCCUUUCCUCUUCUCGCCGUUCAAUUCACCAGGAUGGAUGCGUCUGAACUGGAUGUGGGUCCGAAAAGGAGACGGUGUUGGUGCCAGGGGUAUCUCCCUUGGCAGGGCUGGCAUUCUAGGGCUAAGGAGCCACCACUGAGAAUGCCCUGACCUUUUCUCCUUACAUAAUAUACUCUGGCAAGCUGCAGACUCUUCCUGGACCAGAUGCAUCCUGGUCCCCCAUUUUGGGGUCAUGCUCCCAUGGCUACCAUCUUUCUAUGCAUUUGGAGGGUCUUCUUGGCCGGUUGCUGCUUUCCAUUUUAAAGGCGCAAUAACUUUAAAAAAAAAAAAUUAAUGAUGAGAGCUUUAUGGAAGAAUGGAUGCCACAGGAGCGGCAAGGAUCCUAAUUGCUAAAAACUGGAAAAAAGAAACUGUGCCAACAAAUAAGGAAUGGCAAGACAAACCGUUAGAGUAUAUUGAACUGGCUAGAUUAACAGAGGCAAUCAGAGAUCACACUAGACAAGAAUUUCAAAAAGCAUGGGGAAAAUGCAGAGAAUACUUCACAAAACAGUGCCCUGAAAUACUUACCUGGACUUGUGGAUGUUUAAGUUAUAGUUAGAAAAAUAUUAAUCAUUAUUCAUAAAGUAAACAGUUUAUAAGAAGUAAAUAAGGAGGCCAAGAUACGGGAUAAAGGAAGUCUUUUAUUUGGUUGUUUGUAUUGUUGUAUGUUAUGCUCAUUGUAUGUUAUGUUCACGUUUAAUGAGGGUGGAUUUGUGUAUGGGGGGGUUAUGUUAUGUUGUAAAUAAAAUUCCAAUAAAAAUUAAAAUUAAAAAAAGAGGAAGAAUGGAUGCCUUUUUUCGGGCUACUUAAAGAAAUAUUACAGCAUGACAAAUUCGUGAGCAGGAUUUGAGCUUUGAGCAGCAGAAGCGAUUAGAUAUAAUAUUGUGGUCAUGAUUUGAUAGAUGGAAGAAAGAAGGGGAAGAAACAACAGCUCAGUGGAAAACGGGGUGGGAAUUCGAUAAAAAUAAGAAAAUACAAAAUUGCGUUCUGGCUGCAUAUGUUAAGAAUGUUUAAACUUAGUAAAACAUAAUUGGAAAAAGAAUACUUUUUAUUAUUUUUAAACACCCAUUCCCUCCUCCCAUAUCUUUUCCAGGCGACCUCUUCCUCGAUGUCCACAAAGCCGUCACGUCCCUGGAGAACACCGUCUUUGCCCACCGGAGCCGCCUCCCCUGCGCCAAGGCCGAGCUGGAAGGAUGCCUGGAGCCUGCAGAGGUUGGCAAAGCCACAUUCCUCCUCCUCCUGGGGCAGGGGCCGUUUGCCAGCCUGAGGGGUCCACAUUCUCUUUCAGGGGAGGAGUGGGAGGGCAUCGCCAAAGGCCAGCACCCGUUUGGUGUCCCUGAGGGGGUUGAAAGGUUAUUGGAAGUUCUUUCUAAGUACCAUAAUAAUUAUGGUUAUUUGUCGGCAGUUUGCAGAAAUCAAUUAUCUCCAAGUGUGGCGGCCUUGAGUUUACAGUUUGGGCUCCAUGGCUACAGUUUGGGAGUCUCCAGUUUGGGAGACUCUCUGCAGCCGCCACCUGGGCUUGCUUGUCAACAGUUCUGAUACUCUCAGUUCAGAUAUAAACAAAUCAAAGCAGCUACCAAAUGGUUUUCCAAACCAGCUGUUUUUUAAGUAGUAGCCUUUCCGGGUUGUUGUUGUUGUUUAGUUGUUUAGUCAUGUCCGCCUCUUCGUGACCCCCUGGACCAGAGCACGCCAGGCACUUCUGUCUUCCACUGCCUCCCACAGUUUGGUCAAAUUCAUGUUCGUAGCUUUGAGAACACUGUUUCACCAUCUCGUCCUCUGUCGUCCCCUUCUCCUUGUGCCCUCCAUCUUUCCCAACAUCAGGGUCUUUUCCAAGGAGUCUUCUCUUCUCAUGAGGUGGCCAAAGUCUUGGAGCCUCAGCUUCAGGAUCUGUCCUUCCAGUGAGCACUCAGGGCUGAUUUCCUUCAGAAUGGAGAGGUCUGAUCUUCUUGCAGUCCAUGGGACUCUCAAGAGUCUCCUCCAGCACCAGAAUUCAAAAGCAUCCAUUCUUCGGCGAUCAACCUUCUUUAUGGUCCAGCUCUCACUUCCAUACAUCACUACUGGGAAAACCAGAGCUUUAACUCUACGGACCUUUUUUGGUACGGUGAUGUCUCUGCUUUUUAAGAUGCUGUCUAGGUUUGUCAUUGCUUUUCUCCCAAGAAGCAGGCGUCUUUUAAUUUCGUGACUGCUGUCACCAUCUGCAGUGAUCAUGGAGCCCAAGAAAGUAAAAUCUCUCACUUUACCAAAUAUAACUGGGAAUCCAAAUUUCAGGAAAUGGAACAUUAAAGGCUUACCUCCCCCUGGGGCUGUGUAAUUAAUCCAUAUGUUGAUUCAACCAGCUGGUCAGACUUAGCAAAGUUACCUUCACUUCUCAGUGGCUGCUUGCAGACUUUAAACUACGUCGCUCCACUCCACCAUAAAUCUCAGGCAAAUAUCCAAGGUUCUUUGGCGUCUCUAGGCAGAAGAAUAGCUUUUGCUGGGUUUCAGGGGCAGCGGCCAAAGGCAGGGGACUAUCUCGGGUGUCGAGAGUUGCCAUCCAGCCAUUUUGGGUGGCUUCAGCAUGAUUUCAAAGAACUUUAGAAGAGCCUCAUAGGAAGGGAGGAUGCUUAAAAUGCCGUCUGGCAACUCCCUGAGUCCUUAUCUGGCUGGGAUAUAAGCUUGUUUUCUGGGAGUGUAUCUUCCUCCCUUAUUAUUUUUUAAAACUCCUACUCACUCUGCUAAGGCUCACAGGAGACUUGCUUCAGGCACCAUCUUCUAACCCGCGAGAGUCGAAGUCAACAUUCUUCUUAAAUUGUGGUGCCCAGAACUGGACACCGUCUUCCAGGUGUGGUCUGCCCAAGGCAGAACAGAAUGGGACUAUGACUUCCCUUGAUCUGGACACUAGACUUCUGUUGAUGCAACCCAGAAUAGCGUUAGCCAUUUUUGCUGCUUCAUCACACUGUGGGCUCAUGUUAAGCUUGCGGUCCACCAAACAGGGGCAGAAGAAGUGCGGUGGGUGCAGGUCGCCCCGGGUGUGACCACUGAGGGGGGUGACAAAAUGUCGGGGGGCACUCACUGUGGGGCCUGCAGCUUGCCCAAGCCACGCAUCUCUCCUGGGAUAGACUUGGCAGCUUGGGUGCGCGCAGGCUCCACGUUGCCCAAACGGUCUGUCCGCUGCCCCCCUCCCCAACUGUAGGGCAGCUGAGUGGGAGGAUGGAGGCAGGCUCUGGAGGCCCCCUGGUGCACUCUGCCCUUGCUGCGCCCCUAUGGGCGGCUUGCCCCGCCCCUGGGCAGAUCAUCCCAGGCGCCUGAGCAGUUUUCUCCACCGCUGCCACCAAGACCCCUAGAUCGUUUUCACAUGUACUGCUAGUAAGCCAGCUCCAAUUUGUGAAGCUGGUUUUUCCUGCCUAAGGACCCUCACGGCCUAGGACCCUCGUACCUACAGGACUGCCUCUCCUGGUCUGCCCCACAGAGGACCUUAAGGUCCAUAAAUACCAACACCCUAGUGGUCCCGGGCCCUAAGGAAGUCAGAUUAGCCUCAACUAGGGCCAGGUCCUUUUCAACACUGGCCCCGGCCUGGUGGAACGCUCUGUCUCAUGAGACCAGGGCCCUGCAGGAUCUGAUUUCUUUCCGCAGGGCCUGUGAGACAGAGUUGUUCCGCCUGGCCUUUGACUUGGAAUCAACUUGAUCCCCUUCCCCUCUUCCUUUUUCCUUUCUUCUUCUGUGAUGGAACUCCUACUUGGGGACUUUCCUGGCUUUGUUCUGGCCCAUGUAGGACCAUUUGGGAUAGUUGGCCUUGGUGAAGAUUUGACAUUUUCAUCCCCCAAAAGUUUUUGAUUUGAGUUUCUACUGAACUGAAGCUGCAUUUUAAUGUUGUAUUUUAAUCUUGUUUUUAAGUUGUAUUUUAAUCAAUUGUUUUUAUACCUGGUGUUAGCCGCCCUGAGCCCAGUCUUGGCUUCUUCUUCUUCUUCUUCUUCUUCUUCUUGGUCUGGAAACCAGGCCUGAUGAGGAAAGGUUGAGGGAAUUGGGGAUGUUUAGCCUGGAAAAGAGGAGACUCAGAGGAGACAUGUGAGCCAUCUUCAAAUAUCUCAAGGGCUGCCAAAUUUAGGAGGGAACAAGCUAGUUUUCUCCUGCUCUGGAGGGUAGGACUCGAACCCAUGUCCUCCAGUGACAAAGAAAGGAGAUUCCAACCAAACACAUGGAAGAAUUUUCUGACAGUAAGAGCUUUUCUACCAUAGAAAGGAGGUGGUGGGUUCUCGUUCCUUAGAGGUUUUUAAACAGAGGUUGGAUGGUCUUCUGUCCGGGAUGCUUUAGCUGAGAGUCCAUCAUUGCAGGGGGUUGGUCUGGAUGACCCUCGGGGGUCCCUUCUCGCUCUACAGUUCUAUGCUGUAUUCUACGUUUCCGAGCACAAUUCAAAGUGUUGGUGUUGACCUUUAAAGCCCUAAAUGGCCUUGGUCCAGUAUAUCUGAAGGAGCAUCUCCACCCCCAUCGUUCUGCCCGGAUGCUGAGGUCCAGCUCCGAGGGCCUUCUGGCGGUUCCCUCACUGUGAGAAGCAAAGCUACAGAGAACCAGGCAGAGGGCCUUCUCGGUGGUGGCUCCCGCCCUGUGGAACGCCCUCCCAUUAGAUGUCAAAGAGAUAAACAACUACCUGACACGUAGAAGAAGUUUUAAAUGUGUGACAUUUUAAUGUAUUUUUAAUCUUUGUUGGAAGCUGCCCAGAGUGCCUGGGGAAACCCAGCCAGAUGGGCGGGGUACAAAUAAUAAAUUAUUAUUAUUAUUAUUAUUAUUAUUAUGCAUUCUAAUUUCCCAGGGCCUGGAAGAAAGCCUGAGGAGAUUCCAAGGAAGCGAGAAAGAUCCCUGGCCCCAGCCGGACCCAGAAGCCCAGAUGUCUGGAGCAGGUUUCCUGGCAGAUGGAAUGAGCAUCUACGAGAGAGAAAUCGCCUUGUACGAAGAGAGGAAUGCCGUGCUCCGUGAAGAGCUGGAAGGCAGGGACGGCGAACUCGACAGAUCAAAAGCUGCCCUCUGUGCUUACCAGGAAGAGAGGGAUAAACUACAGAGGAAGGUGCGGUCCAGCUUUGAGUUCGUUCCUUCGCAUUCCCACAUCCAUUUGAGAAUUCUGUUGUAUUUUUAUAUAACAAGUUAAUUUCGACUUCACCACCUAUUUCCCUUGACGUUUUGACUUCCUACCCUUGAAAUUAAUCUGUUAAAAUCUGUGGAGCUCCCUCCCAUUCAGAUGUCCAGGAGAUAAAGAACUACAUAACGUUUAGAAGACAUCUGAAGGCAGCCCCGUAUAGGGAAGUUAUUAAUGUUUGAUGUUUUAUUAUGUUUUCAUAUGUGCUGGAAGCUGCCCAGAGUAACUGGGGAAAGCCAGCCAGAUAGAUGGGGUAUUAAUAAUAAUAAUAACCCCCGUGAUGUUUUUAUUCCCACCCUUUUCCUACUCCAUUAUAUAGCAUGCUUUUACCCGUUACAGAUUUCCUCUAUUACAAUUAUUUUUAUCCUUUCCUAUCCGCUGCCCCCCCUUCAAUAAAGAGCUCAUCACAUUGACCUCUUACUCUCACACAGUCCAUCAAUUUUAAGCGCCAUUCUUCCUGCGCUGAGAUUCCUCCUUCUUUUAAUUUCUGUGCAUAUAGGAUUCUGGCUGCUGUUGCUGCAUAGGCAAAUAAUUUAAUCAUCAUUUUUGGUACUCCUCCUCCUUCUGGUUGCAGACUCUUCCGGUCGUGUCGGCUAGCUCCGAAAAAUCCAUCAUCUUCAUCUGCCAUUCCUCCACUGUUGGUACUUCUUGUGAUUUCCAAUUUUUGGCCAGCAGUAUUCUAGCAGCAGUUGUGGCAUACAUAAAUAGUCUUAUAUCUUUCUUGGGCAAUUCCAAACCUAUUACUCCAAGAAGAAAGGCCUCUGGUUUCUUAAUAAAUGUAUAUUUCAACAUUUUUCCCCAAUUCAUUAUAAAUCUUUUCCCAGAAGUCUUUCACCUUGGGACAAGUCCACCACAUACGGUAAAAGGUUCCUUCUUUUUCUUUAAAUUUCCAACAUAGAUUAUCGCUCUUAUGAUAAAUCUUUGCUCAUUUUACAGGGGUUAAGUACCAUCUGUACGUCAUUUUCAUAACAUUUUCAACAUUUUCUUCAUCUCAUUAUGUAUCCUUUCCCAAAACCCCUUGUAUUCCGUUCUGUUUUUUUAAAGUUCUCGCAAAAACCGUACCAUCAAGUUACCUCCCUGUCUCUUUAGCCUCUCCAAAUGCCUCGCGAUGCCGCAGAGCAAUGCGAGGUGUUGGGGCGACUCAGGUAGCGCAGCGAUGCGCAUGGUGAGUGUUUAUCUUGUGUUUCCCUCCAGGUCAAAGAUCUCCAAGGGGCCCUCUCUGAGAUGGAAGCACUUCCCUACGGAGCCACCAGCCCGGUCAGGGAGAAAGAGUCCUUGGGAUUGCAGGUGAGUGUUUUGGCAUCCAGGAAUGGCAUAUACAGUGGAUGUUCAGGUUGUGAAUGUGAUCCGUGCGGGAAGCACGUUUGCAACCUGCAACACCACAUCUGCGCAUGAGCAGGUCAUGAUUUGGUGCUUCUGCGCAUGCGCAAAGCACGAUUUAGCACUUCUGCACAUGCGCAAGCGCCAAAACCUGGAAAUAACUCGUUCCAGCACUUCUGGCUUUGGCGCGGUGCACAACCUGAAAUCGUGCAACCCGAAGCGUCUGUAACCCGAGGUAUGACUGUAUUGAUGAUCACCAAUUCGGGCAGCUUAAAAGAGAACCUUCCUCACUAGACUCUGCAUCAUUGCUGGGACUCGGGUGGCGCUGUGGUCAAAACCUCUGAGCCUCUUGGGCUUGCCGAUUGGAAGGUCGGCGGUUCAAAUCCCCAUGACGGAGUGAGCUCCCAUUGCUCUGUCCCAGCUCCUGCCAACCUAACAGUUCGAAAGCAUGCCAGUUCAAGUAGAUAAAUAGGUAUCUUAGCGGCGGGAAGGUAAACAGUGUUUCUGUGUGCUCUGCUUUCCAUCACGGUGUCCCAUUGCACCAGAAGCAGCUUAGUUCUGCUGGCCACAUGACCCGGAAAAUUGUCUGCGGACAAACGUCAGCUCCCUCGGCCUGAAGCAAGAUGAGCGCCACAACCCCAGAGUCGCCUUUGACUGGACUUAACCGUCCAGAGGUCCUUUGCCUUUGCCUUACGCCACUGCUCUCUCAUGAAACUAGAACUUGCAGACAACUAAAAAUAUUCAGGACGGGCAGAAGAAAGGACUGGGAACUAUAGUUUGCUCAGAGUGCGUUGUCAGGAGAAGCCAGUUCCCUUCAGAGAAAUGCAGUUUCACGAGUGGUUUAACUAUCAGUCCCUCUUUCUCAGGGGAAACCUGUAAAUUGUAGCUCUCUUGGCUUAAUAGGGUCUCCUAAGAACGUUCAGCAGCCUGAACAAACUACAGUUUCCAGGGUUCUCUUGGGGAAGCCCUCGCUGGUUAAAGCAGUGCAAUGAUACUUUACAGAUCAAGGGCAAACAGAUUCUAAGGAAAUUCAGAAAAAAGAUGUAAAUUUGUUUAUGUACGCCACAACGGCUGCGAGAAUACUCCUGGCCCAGAAAUGGAAGCAGCAGGAACUUCCUACAUUGGAAGAUUGGCAGAUAAAGAUGGUAGAAUAUGUGGAGAUGGCAAAGCUGACAGGGAAGAUCCGGAAUCGGCGAGACGAACUGUUUCAGAAGGACUGGAGCAAAUUUAUAUUUUAUAUGAAAGAAAACUGUAAACAUUUGAAAACGUUUGUAGGUUUGAAUUGAAAUGCUUUGUCAUGUGAAAAUAAGGAACCGAUUUACAUAUGUAAUUUUUAUAAAAAAAGAAGAUUUAAGGUUAAAAAGUGGCUAUAGAAAUGCGAGAAUUUAUUAAAAGAUGUUUGGAAGUCAGAAAGAGGGAGGGAAGGAAGUCGAUGCUCUGUUUGAGCAAUGCUUUAUGUUAUAGAUUUGUGUCAUGAUAUGUAGUUAAAUGGGGACGGAGGUGGCGCUGUGGGUUAAACCACAGAGCCUAGGGCUUGCCGAUCAGAAGGUCGGUGGUUAGAAUCCCCGCAAUGACGGGUGAGCUCCCGUUGCUCGGUCCCUGCUCCUGCCAACCUAGCAGUGCGAAAGCAUGUCAAAGUGCAAGUAGAUAAAUAGGUACCACUCCGGUGGAAAGGUAAACAGCAUUUCCGUGCGCGGCUCUGGUUUGCCAGAAGCGGCUUAGUCCUGCUGGCCACAUGACCCGGAAGCUGGACACCGGCUCCCUCGGCCAAUAAAGCGAGAUGAGCGCUGCAACCCCAGAGUCGGUCACGACUGGACCUAAUGGUCAGGGGUCCCUUUACCUUAUGUAAUUAAAUAUGGAAAACUCAAUAAUAAUUUUUUUUAAAAAAGGAGCAAACAGAUUCUAGAGCUCCCUUCCCUUCCUGCUGUACAUAUUUACUCUUUCUUUUGGAAUAUAUAUCACAAAGAGGACUCUGCCUCAAGCUGUCUUGCUUUGCCCUGCAGGACCCACUCGUGCCAGCCCCCAACUUUGCCUGCUGUUUCCGAGGCGCCCCCAGCGCCCACCCCGCCUGCUGCCUGCACCCCGGGCAAGGCCCACCUUCUGAGGAGACCCCCGCGAAAGGCAUGGAAGAUCAAAGGCAGGAGCUGCGUGGGUAAGGGUGCCCCGACUAUUCUCUCUCGCUUUCUUUUUUAAAAUCGUUUUAUUUAGAAAAAAAUUUUGCGAGUCAAACUUGCCAGUUCUAUGUUUUGGGUCAGCUUCAGCUGACGCAAUAUUUGGUACCAUAUCUUCGCGUCAUUUUUGUGCAUAUAAUAUUCUCAUUAAAGAAAUCAAUUUACCUGUUUCUAUUGGGGAUACCUGUAUGAGUUGUCCCUACUAAAAAGCCUUCUGGACUUUUGGGGAGAGUUACCUUAAAUACCUUAAAUAAAAAAAUCUUGUUAUAAAGAAUCUCCCCAAAGUCCUUCACCACAUCCACCACAAAAUGAGACAACUUUCCUCUUAUUCCCUCACGAGCCAGCAAAGUUCAACCUCCUGGGGCUCAGAGGUGAGAUCAAACUGGCGGAAGCACCCUGAGCAGACACUGCUUUCCCAGAAUCGCAGGCUGGUAGAGCUGGAGGGAAAAACAAGGGUCAUCUACUCCACCCCAUGCAAUGCAGGAAUCUCAACACAGAACCACAGAGUUGGCCACAGAGCCUGCUCAGUCCUUUUGGGGCGAGAAGGACUUGCCCCCUUUUGUUUCGACUCAGAUUGAUUUUUCUUCAUAAUAAUAAUAAUAAUAAUAAUAAUAAUUUAUUUAUACCCCACCCAUCUCUGGGCGGCUUCCAACAAAAUAUUAAAAUACAGCAAUGCAUCAAACAUUAAAAGCUUCCCUAAACAGGGCUGCCUUCAGAUGUUGUCUAAAAGUCAGGUAGUUGUUUAUCUCUUUGACAUCUGGUGGGAGGGCGUUCCACAGGGCGGGUGCCACCACCGAGAAGGCCCUCUGCCUGGUUCCCUGUAACUUGGCUUCUCGCAAUGAGGGAACCGCCAAAAGCCUUCGGAGCUGGACCUCAGUGUCCGGGCAGAACGAUGGGGGUGGAGAUGCUCCUUCAGAUAUACUGGACCGAGGCCGUUUAGGGCUUUAAAGGUCAGCACCAACACUUUGAAUUGUGCUCGGAAUCGUACUGGGAGCCAAUGUAGGUCUUUCAAGACCGGUGUUAUGUGGUCUCAGCGGCGGCCCCCAGUCACCAGUCUAGCUGCCUCAUUCUGGAUUAGUUGUAGUUUCCGGAUCACCUUCAAAGGUAGCCCUACAGAGAGCGCAUUGCAGUAGUCCAAGCUUUCUUCUGAGAAACCCUGAAACGUCCAUCCCUCCAAGGAUGCAAAUUCCCCCACCUUUUUCAAAGUGUUUGGCUCAAUUUCUGUCGGCACUCAGCGCCCGAGUUUGCUAUUAGCGGGAGCUGCGGGGACAGCCGAAUUGUGCUGAGAGUCUGCUUCCCCCCCAUCCAGAUUCACCGAGAAGCUCCAAGGCCUCAACCAGCUGCUCACAGCGACGCUGCAGGAGUCCAAGGGUGACAUGGAGGGCAUCAGUUUGCUUCUGGGGCAACGGGAAUCUGAGGAGACCGCCCUGCGCUUGGCUGUCCGGUGCAGGUGAGCAGAGGUGUCAGCGACGGAGCAUGCGCUUUUCAAAACGGCUUGCGAAAUCGUUAUUUGUUUUGUGAAAUUUGUGCACCUGUUGUGGAGCGGCUGGAGGCAAGGGAAUAGAGGGAGGCACCGGCUGAGAGACCCCCAAGGGAAGAAAGCUCAAAGCCCGGGGAGGCAUGGCAAGUCGAUGGUGAGUGGUCAGAGGUGUGGGAUGUGAAACACAAGAGCAGUCAAGUACAACAUUCCUAGAGUGAACAUGUUUACACAUGGGGAGGAAUGUCCAGCCAGCAGGUCAACUUCCUGUUUCCUUCUGGGCUGGGACAGACUUCCUCUGCAUGUGACUAGAGGAGGGCGUGGCCUCACCUGUGCAGGUAAUGACAAAAGCACAGGGCAGGGCAGCCAUCUCUCUCUCUUUGACUACAUGCAUCGAAGAAGCAACAUCAGCUUAGCCAAAGAUGCUCUCUUGGCCAAGAGAGGACAAAGGGACUGUCUCUUUAUGGGAUAGUUUCCAGGUGUGUGUUACCUUUCUAAGCUAAGUCUGCCUUCUGGGAUCCGAUUGUGAACAGAAUGUGAGUGAGUAAACUCUUUUUAUACUUUUAUAGAAGACUGUGUCGUGUCUUAUCUUUUAUGAGGGAAUAAGGGGGAAAUACCAGAACAGUUAUUAUAGAGGCUUUAGCGAGCCUGAGCAAAUGCAUCCGCUGUGAGUUUAAACAGGGGAAUGUUACUCUGCUAAAUUGUGAACUUGUUAACACAAGCUGGAAAGGCUAUAAUCAGACAAUAUAUCCUAUCCUGCAUCCCUGAACAUUCCCACAAGAGGGAGAAGAUUGGGGAGACAAGGUGUCAGAAGCUGAAGAGGCAGGGAGAGUCUGUGGCAGAGAGCAGUCCAGAAUCAGAGGUGGAAGCUGAAGGAGAAGAAGAGGAGUUUGUGGCUAUAACCCAUUAAUAAACCUUAUUCUUCGUGAAUUUGUCCAAUCCUCUUUUAAUGGCAAGCUGGUGGCCACUGUUGAUGGGGAGGAAGGUCAUAGAUGUCUCCCCCUCCUGCUGCAACAAGCUCCCCUCCCCGCUAGUCUCCCAGAACGAGGAGAGACGUGAAAAGGGCGGAGGAGAGGUUGGUUUUGCGCAGGCACAGUCUCCGAUUGCUUGGGAAAACGCCCAGAAAGCAGGGAGCUUAGAUGGCUGUGGGGGGAGGUGGGGGCUUUCAGCAACUGAUCCAUUGGGCAUGGCUUUCCGAGAAAAACCUCCUGAGCAGACCUUGUUUCCUCUAAUAAAGAGCUGACUUCAAUUUAUUGCUGGAGUGCUCCUGACAGAGCCGCUCGCUGGUCAAGGAAGACCCACAAAAAACCCUCAAAGCAGUUUGCAGGAAAGGUAGAACCAAGAAAAGACCAAAUAUCGGAAUUUUACAAGUUGCUUGGGUGCUUUGCAAAUUAAUGCAAGGAUCUUUGCAUUUCCUGGAUUUCUCAGUGAACGCUGCUUGGAGGCCUACGAGGCGCUGCUAUCCUUGACAGCAACAAAACUACACCUGGAAACAGAGGAAGGAGGAGAGGAUGGAGGCCUGUGCCAUGCAGGUGAGUCACCGUGGAGGUUUUUGAUGUUCUCUUUCAAAAGUUUACAAACUUAAUAAAAGGUAAAGGCACCCCUGACCAUUAGGUCCAGUCGUGGCCGACUCUGGGGUUGCGGCGCUCAUCUUGCUUUAUAGGCUGAGGGAGCCGGCGUGCAGCUUCCGGGUCAUGUGGCCAGCAUGACUAAGCCACUUCUGGCGAACCAGAGCAGCACACGGAAACGCCGUUUACCUUCCCGCCGGAGCGGUACCUAUUUAUCUACUUGCACUUUGACGUGCUUUUGAACUGCUAGAUUGGCAGGAGCAGGGACCGAGCAACGGGAGCUCACCCCGUCGCAGGGAUUCGAACCGCCGACCUUCUGAUCGGCAAGCCCUAGGCUCUGUGGUUUAACCCACAGCGCCACCCGCGUCCCUUUAAACUUAAAUAAUACACAAUACUGUUUUCCAAUUAAUACUCAUUUAUCAAAUGACUUCCCCUCUCCCUUCUCCAUGGUUUCCCCAUAUUUUCUAAUAUUGCCGCAUCUUCUAAUUAUGUUAUGCCCUAUCCUUUCCACUUGUCCCCAGAUAUUUUUUCUGCUUUUCUUCAUUCAAAUCCUACUUGCAUUUUUACAUGUGUACAAUAAACUUAUUCUACAAAAUAAUACAAUAAACUUAUUCUACAAAAAGGUCCCAAUCCUUCUUAAAAACUGUUUCUUCUGGACCUCUAAUUUUCAUGGUUAAAUUUGUCAAUUCGGCAUAUUCCAUCAAUUUUAACGGCCACUCUUCUUUUGUUGGUAGCACCUCAUAUCGCCAUUUCUGCAGACCCUACAAGGAUCCCUAUUUUCCAAGGACAUCCCUGAUUUAGAAAAGCCGUCCCGGUUUCUGAUUUGAUCCCGGAAUGUCCCCCUUUUCCUUAGAAUAUUCCUGUUUUCACUGGAGAAAUAUUGGAGGGUAUGGAGUUAUCCAACCCCUGAGCCGUCUGAAGGCAAUCCUGUAUAGGGAAGUUUAAAUUUAUUUAUUUUCGUGUUUUAUUAUGUUUUUAUAUAUGUUGGAAGCUGCCCAGAGUGGCUGGGGCAACUCAGUCAGAUGAGUGGGGUAUAAAUAGCAAAAUCAUUAUGGAAUGGGAUGUCCCUAUUCUCAUUGGAGAAGUGUUGGAGGGUAUGUUUCUGCACAUAUAGCACCUGUUUUCAAUGUUCUCACCUUACCUGUACAGGCGUCCAUUGUACGUUGACAGAAGCGGUACCAUAACACUAUAAACUGUCAUGCCUCCCCCCACAAAAGUCCUGGGAACUGUAGUGAGUUAAUGGCGCAGAGGGUUGUUAGGAGACACCCCCCCCCCCCAGAGCUACAGUUCCCGGCGCUCCCUGCAAACAGGGAUUGAUGGUUAAACCGCCAUGCAGAACAAUGAGGACUGGAAACUUGUGCAAGCCAAGGCAGCCUCCUGUGUCCAGAAACAUCUGCUUCCUGGCUCUCUAACGAAUUUUUGGAGGGCAGCUGUCGACGUAAAACGCUUAACCCUCUUUCCGCCCUUCCUCCCUAUCGCAGGGCGGUUGUCGGAGGUGAAAUUGGCAGUGUUGGGCGAAGCCUAUCGGUCUCUGCGACGUUGCGGCCAGGAUGUUUCUGGGAGGCCUGGUCUCAGCUGCUUGGAGCAGAGGUGAGGAAAAGGGAGCUCAGAUAAUCAGCCUUGCAGGAUCUGCAUGGGAUGGUGAGGGAGGAGAAUGAGCUGUGAGGCAAAUCAUUAUUAUUUAUUAAAUUUGAUGAAACUUGGUCCUCCUCCUUUCUGUACAUAAGGGAAAUAGAUAACAAAUUUCCCCCAUAAAUUUCCAGGCCCUUGAUCAUCUUGGACACCUUCCAGCUUGUCAACAUCCUUCUUAAAUUGUGGUGCCCAGAACUGGACAGAGUAUUCAAGAUGUGGUUUGACCGAGGCAGAAUAGAGUGGGACUAUGACUUCCCUUGAUCUAGACGCUAGACUUCUGUGGAUGCAGCCUAGAAUAGCGUUAGCUUUUUAUUUUUACUGCUGUGUCACCCUGUUGACUCAUGUUGAGCUCGAACCCAUGGCUUCAAGCUGCGAGAUAGGAGAGUCCAACUCAACAUCAGGAAUAGCUUUCUGACAGUAAGAGCUGUCUGACGGUGGAAUAGUUUGCCUUGGAAGGCUGUAGAUUCUCCUUCCAGCGGUUCUCAACCAGGUGUUGUUGGACUACAACUCCCAUCAUCCCUGAGCUCUGGCCUUGCUAGCUAGGGGUGAUGGGAGUUGUAGUCCAACAACAUCUGGGGACCCACAGGUUGAGAACCGCUUAAACAGAGGUUGGAUGGAACCAGGGAACCAGGCAGAGGGCCUUCUCGGUGGUGGCACCCGCCCUGUGCAAUGCCCUCCCACCAAAUGUCAAAGAGAAAAAUAACUACCAAACUUUUAGAAGACACCUGAAGGCAGCCCUGUUUAAGGAAGCUUUUAAUGUUUAAUAGGUUAUUGUAUUUUAAUACUCCGUUGGAAGCUGCCCAGAGUGGCUGGAGAAACCCAGCCAAAUGCGUGGGGUAUAAAUAAAAAAUUAUUAUUGUAUUAUUAUUAUUAUUAUCUGUCCCGGAUGCUUUAGCUGAGAUUCCUGCACUGCAGGGUCUCUUCCAACUCUACAAUUCAUAGAAUCAUAGAAUCCUAGAGUUGGAAGAGACCACAAGGGCCAUCGAGUCCAACCCCCUGCCAAGCAGGAAACACCAUCAGAGCACUCCUGACAUAUGGUUGUCAAGCCUCUGCUUAAAGACCUCCAAAGAAGGAGACUCCACCACACUCCUUGGCAGCAAAUUCCACUGUCGAACAGCUCUUACUGUCAGGAAGUUCUUCCUAAUGUUUAGGUGGAAUCUUCUUUCUUGUAGUUUGGAUCCAUUGCUCCGUGUCCGCUUCUCUGGAGCAGCAGAAAACAACCUUUCUCCCUCCUCUAUGUGACAUCCUUUUAUAUAUUUGAACAUGGCUAUCAUAUCACCCCUUAACCUCCUCUUCUCCAGGCUAAACAUGCCCAGCUCUCUUAGCCGUUCCUCAUAAGGCAUCGUUUCCAGGCCUUUGACCAUUUUGGUUGCCCUCCUCUGGACACAUUCCAGUUUGUCAGUGUCCUUCUUGAACUGUGGUGCCCAGAACUGGACACAGUACUCCAGGUGAGGUCUGACCAGAGCAGAAUACAGUGGCACUAUUACUUCCCUUGAUAAAUUCGAUGAUUCUAAGCGCAGAACCUGACAUUUGUCCUGGCUGAAAUUCAUUUUGUUAGUUUGCAUGAAGUUCUCCAAUCUGUGGAAGCCAUCUUGAAUUCUGAUUCUGUCUUCUGUGGCCCUGAGAGUCCUGGGCUCAAUCUGUAAUUGUCUGGGGCUGAUGAGAGUUAUAGUUUGAAAUAUUUAGAGGGUGCCAGGUCGCGGGAACCUGAUUCUCCCUCCCUUUCCCAUUCAGGUUCUCAGAGCUGCGCCGUUCGGAAGAGGGCGACAGGAAGGUGUUGCGGGGAUACAUCCGGCGCCUGAGAGAGGAACAGGCCUCCCUGAAGCUCCCGCCCUGCCGGCCACCUCCCGGGCCCGAUUCUGCCGCAGCCAGAAUCACCUCCCGGAUCGGGACCAAGGUGGCCGCGGUCCAGAAAGCCUUGCGGGAGACGCUUCCCUCCGAGGCAGCUCACCCCAGGAUGGAGAAGACACGUUUGCUGCAGGAGUUGCAGGAGGCGAGGGUGAGCGAUGGGAGAUUUGGAAACUCUUGCGCAAAAUAGUCCACAAUAAGUUUCUAGUCCUUAGUGGGUUUUUUUAUCCCAUUAACCCAUUGUGUCUCAGCCGAGUCUGAUAAUUUUUUCAGCCUUUCCCCCCGUAGCAGGUGGGGCUGAAUCUCUCCUCCUGUCCUCCCUGGCGGCAAGUCAGUAGGUCCAGCCCCCAAUCCGGCGUCAAGACACGAGUCCAAAGUCCAAAGCGAAGCAGAUCCUGGAGCAUUCAAGACAAGAUCCAUCAGCGUGGGGCAACUGAGCAGACACAGCCCCUCCAUUCUGCUCCCUUUUGUACAGACAUAGCCAAACUCGGACCUCCAGAUGUUUUGAGACUACAAUUCCCAUCAUCCCUGACCACUGGUCCUGUUAGAAAGGGAUGAUGCUCCCAAAACAUCUGUAGGGCCGAGUUUGCCUAUGCCUGCUUUUGCAUUUUGCAUGCCAAUUCAAGCAUCUGGGGUCGACGAGGCACAUGCAUUGCAGUGGGGUUGGGCUGGAUGACCCUCGAGUCCCUUCCAAUUCCCCAGCUCUGUUAUUCUGUGGCCCUCAAAACAACACCACCACAAACUGGCUUAUAAGUAUGCGGAGCGCAACCCGAAAAUACUUAUCCUGAAGCAUAUUUAUCCCAAGGUAUGACUGUAUUGGGACGCGGUGGCGCUGUGGGUUAAACCACAGAGCCUAGGAUUUGCCUAUCAGAAGGUCGGCGGUUCGAAUCCCCGCGACGGGGUGAGGUUCCGUUGCUCGGUCCCUGCUCCUGCCCACCUAGCAGUUUGAAAGCACGUCAAAGUGCAAGUAGAUAAAUAGAUACCGCUCCGGCGGGAAGGUAAACAGCGUUUCCAUGCGCUGCUCUGGUUCGCCAGAAGCGGCUUAGUCAUGCUGGCCACAUGACCCGGAAGCUGUACGUCGGCUCCCUCGGCCAAUAAAGCGAGAUGAGCGCCACAACCCCAGAGUUGGCCACGACUGGACCUAAUGGUCAGGGGUCCCUUUACCUUUUUAAGACUGUAUUGAUAUCGUAUCAUUGUAUUUGGUCAUUGUGUUGCCUUGGAUAUUACUGACUAUUGUUUGCAACACAGGGGUUAAAUUGUUUAGUUCACUAAUCCUGCCAGUUCACGACAGCUCCCAGUUCUGAUCUCAGGAGGCCUUGGGCGACCUCAACACGUGCUUGCACCUGACGGAGAAGGAGAAGCAGAGACUGGAGCUGCAGAUGUACACUUUUCGGGCUCAGGAAGCCGCCUGCCUGCUGAUGGCCCGGAUCCUGCAAGGGGAGCGCGAUGAGCUUCGCGGGCAGCAAACGGCGUCGACAGGAAGCAGCAGCAGCAGCAGCAGCUGCAGUGGAGAGGACUCUUCGGAGGUAAGGCUCACAACUGAUCGGUAGACUGUGCUUAUUUUUUCCCUUUUGGGCAAAAAUAAGGAUUCCCCAAAAGGUAAGAGAGAUCUUUUUAUACGCUACGGUCACAGCAAGAGUUCUCAUUGCGGCAAGUUGGAAGAGCGACAAAGUCGCCCCCCCCCCGCGAUUCCCAAGCCUUCCCCAAGCCGUUGGGGUAAGGGGGGAGCUGUGCUUCUUUGCCGGCGGCCUUCCCCUCUCCUCCCUUCGUUUUGACAGCUGGGGGGAGGCUUGGGAGUCGGGGGGGCGGGCAGCACACCGUUGCCCCCCCAUGCUCCUGGAGGAGAGCAGGAUGUGGCUUUCUUCGACGGGGGAAGAAGACUCCCCCUCCCUCCCUGCUUGACAUUCCCUUUGGAACUGUAAUAGCAUCACCUCCAUUGGCAUAUUGCAGAAAAGGGGAAGGGGGGGCUGAGGGGGAAAUGUCUGGGAAUCCCAAAGUCUAAACUCAGAGACUUUGACUUAUGUCUCGCGGGUACCACUGUAUUAUGCAUUUCUGAAUUUCAUAUUACCUUUAAUUGUCCUUCGCUAAUAAUUCUCCUCAUUAUCUUUCUUGCAAUAUUUCAAAUAAUUCACCUUACGAAACUUCUUGCAAACCUACUAGCAUAAUCGGUUCAUCACAAUUGCUUUUCAAAUAGUCCGUAAAUUUACUCCAGUGUUCUGAGAAUCUCUGGUCCCGCAGGUUUCGAAUCCUUCCUGUUAAUUUAACCAAUUCUGCAUAGUCCAUCAGUUUCGUCCUCGAAGAAUGGAAGACGAAAGUGGGCGCUCCUUUUCAUUCAUGUUUCCUCUCUGUGGCAUUGCAGGACUUUGUCCCCCUCUGCACUUCCAAGAGGAACGCUUCCCGGUCUUCUGAGGAUGGUGGAGUAGAGCAAUCCGGCGAGGAAGGCAAGACGGAGGCAUUGAAGCUUCUUAACACUCUGACGCGGUGAGUGCGAUUCAGCUCACCGCUUGCAGUUCCCUGGUUUUGAGGGUCCACAAAGCGCUUAUUCCUGUGUGGUGGGCUUGCAAAGCAGCUAAAGGCUUUUUCCGGAAAAGGAAUGCUUAAAAGGACGGUCCCUUAAAAAAAAAGACCAGAAGCGUUCCUUUUAGGAAUCAGUGAGUCAGAUGUACCAAAGAAUCAAAAGAAUUUAUUUUUAUAUGCAACUACUGGUGGCCGAAGGGGAUGCGGGUGGCGCUGUGGGUUAAACCACUGAGCCUAGGACUUGUUGAUCAGAAGGUCAGCGGUUCGAAUCCCUGGGACGGGGUGAGCUCCCGUUGCUUGGUCCCUGCUCCUGCCAACCUAGCAGUUCGAAAGCACGUCAAAGUGCAAGUAGAUAAAUAGGUACCGCUCCGGCGGGAAGGUAAACGGCGUUUCCGUGCGCUGCUCUGGUUCGCCGGAAGCGGCUUAGUCAUGCUGGCCACAUGACCCGGAAGCUGUACACCGGCUCCCUUGACCAGUAAAGUGAGAUGAGCGCCACAACCCCGGAGUCGGCCACGAAUGGACCUAAUGGUCACGGGUGCCUUUACCUUACUGGUGGCCGAAUCUUAAAGGCUGGGAAAUCAGCGAGUCUAACCAGUAGAAUGAGAGCUCAAGAGGAAACUGUGUUCAAAGAGGAUUGUGAUUAAUAAUGCAUGAAUAAAUAUAUAAUAAUAAAUGUAUUGGAGGCAAAAAGGUGCCGAGUCCUCUGUGAGGGCACCGCAGCUGUCUCGGUGGAAAUUGGGGGGGGGGGGGCAGGAGCCCCUCUGCCCAAAUUGCCCAGCCUCACUGUCCAUCAUCAUCAUCAUCAUCAAUAGAAUUGUAAAAUUGGAAGGGACCACGAGGGUCAUCUAGUCCAACCCCCUGCAAUGCAAGAAUCAUUUUCCCAAUGUGAAACUCGAACCCACAACCCUGAAAUUAAGAGGCUCACACUCUGCCAACUGAGCUAUCCCAGUUAUUAUUAGAACCAUUGAAUCAUCGAGUUGGAAGGGACCCCAAGGGUCUAAUCUGCUGCAAUGCAGAUCCCUUACCUUUCCCGCCCCGACCUGGCCACAGUGAUCCAUGCAACGGUCACCUCCAGGCUUGACUACUGUAAUUCGCUCUACGCAGGGCUGCCCUUGAAGCUGUCCCAGAAACUCCAGCGGGUGCAGAAUGCUGCAGCGAGGCUCCUCACGGGGUCUCUGCCAUGGGAGCAUAUUCACCCAGUGCUUUACCAGUUGCACUGGCGCCUGGUGGAGUACAGGGUCAGGUUCAAGGUGCUGGUUUUGACCUUUCAAGCCCUUCGCAGCCUAGGACCCUCGUACCUAUGGGACCGCCUCUCCCGGUAUGCCCCACGGAGAGCCUCAAGGUCCAUAAACAGUAACACCCUAGUGGUCCCGGGCCCUAAGGAAGUUAGAUUGGCUUCAGCCAGAGCCAGGGCCUUUUCAACACUGGCUCCGGUCUGGUGGAACACUCUGUCUCAUGAGACCAGGGCCCUGCAGGAUCUGAUUUCUUUCCGCAGGGCCUGUAAGACAGAGUUGUUCCGCCUGGCCUUUGGCUUGGAGCCAAUUUGAUUGCCUCCCUUUCUUUUUUCCUUUCCUUCUCCUCCUGCGAUGAGGCUACAUUUUAAUAUUUUAAUGUUAUAUUUUAAUUUUGUUUUUAAGUUGUAAUCAUUCAACUUGUUUUUAUUAUUGCUUGUAAGCCACUCUGAGCCCGGCCUUGGCUGGGGAGGGCGGGGUAUAAUAAAAAUAAAAAUAAUAAUAAUUAUUAUUAUUAUUAAUGCAGGGAUCUCAGCUAAAGCAUCGAUAAUAAUAGUAUUAUUAUUAAUUAAAUUUGAGUACUGCCCUUCAUCUGAAAAUCUCAGGACAGUUUGCAGCAUAACAAUAAGAAAGAGAAAAACACCAAAUACAUAAUGAAAGCAAGAACGAAGCAAACCAAUAACUCCCCCUCCCACUGAGUGCCAACCCACUGAAACCUGUGGGUCUACUCUGAGCCAGGCAUGGUGGGUUUACAACCCCAGAUUCUCCUGCUAUUACGGGCAUCAAUCUCCCGCCGGCCUGCUCCGGUUGCAGAGAGCAGCAGGUACAAAAUUCCCUCUAUGUUCUCCUCUAGCGUAAACGGCAGGAUCGAGGAGCUCAGAGACCGGAUCAGCUCCCUUUUGGCUGAGCUGGAAGAUAGAAGCCAGGACAGCAGAGCUCAAGAGGCGCAGCAGAUGGAGCUUACGAGGGACUUUUUCAAAGCACACAGGUAAGUUUGGAUUGGGGGGGGUCCCCUCUCCCCAAAAAGGCCUCUGAACCCCAAGAGACCCCUGGCGCCCCCUUAUCUGGUCCAAGCUAACCAGCGGCUUCUCUGAAAUCCCCACAAAAGGUAACCAGCCCUCUAUUCAGAAUCACUGAGGGCUGGAAUCUUGCUUUGUCUGAAAGGGAAAGACCUGCUUUGAAUGCAGAAGGUCAAUCAUUGGUGGGGAUGUUGCCCUGCCCGAAACCCAGGGCAGCCACUGCCGGCCAGUGUUGGCAAAACUGAGCUAUAGAGACUCAAAGUGUCUGACUCAGGAGAAGGCAGCUUCCUCUAGACUAGACUAGAAACUGGCUUGCGUUUUUUCCUGGUAAAGGUUGCAGCUGAGCUGCGGGACACCUGCUUUGCUUGCAGAAGGUCCCAGGUGGGGACGGGGAGAAAGACUCCCUCCCUGAAACCGCAGAGAGCUCGUGCGGCUGGCCAGUGCGGACCAUACUGAGCUAAACACUGAGCGCCGAGGGCCUUCUGGCGGUUCCCUCACUGCGAGAAGUGAGGUUACAGGGAACCAGGCAGAGGGCCUUCUUGGUGGUGGCUCCCGCCCUGUGGAACGCCUUCCCACCAGAUGUCAAAGAGAACAACAACUACCUGACAUUUCGAAGGCAUCUGAAGGCAGCCGUGUUCAGGGAAGUUUUUAAUGUGUGACAUUUUAACAUACCGUAUUUUUCGCUCUAUAAGACGCACCAGACCACAAGACGCACCUAGUUUUUGGAGGAGGAAAACAAGGAAAAAAAUAUUCUGAAUCUCAGAAGCCAGAACAGCAAGAGGGAUCGCUGCGCAGUGAACGCAGCAAUCCCUCUUGCUGUUCUGGCUUCUGGGAUGGCUGCACAGCCUGCAUUCGCUCCAUGAGACACACACACAUUUCCCCUUACUUUUUAGGAGGGAAAAAGUGAGUCUUAUAGAGCGAAAAAUACGGUAUUUUUAAUCUUUGUUGGAAGCCGCCCAGAGUGGCUGGGGAGGCCCAUCUGGCUGGGCGGGGUACAAAUAAAUUAUUAUUAUUAUUAUUAUUAUUAUUAUUAUUAUUAUUAUUAUUAUUAAAUGCCAUCCCGUCUGGCUCCACCGUUUUCUCCUUUCCCCCUUCCCCUCCAGCGCCCUCGUCCUCGCCUACCAGAACGGCCGCAAGAAGCAGGAAGCCCAGCUGCACCAACUGGAGACGCAGAUCAGUAUGAUGGGUCAACGGCAGGCUGGGCAGUUGCAGUCGCUGGUGCGAAUCCUCCGUGGUUUGGAGGGCAGAGCGGGCAGCCCAGCCUCCACUUAG